AUGGCAGCCGUACCUCCCGGUUCAUCAAGCCACGCAGCUUUCGCGGAUUUCAUUGCCUCUGAUCCCGAGCUGCCCGUAUUCAGAAGCUUCCAAGCUCUAAGCGCUCGGAACCUCCUUCACCUGCAGUCGAAAAUGCUGGAGAUCGAAGCCGAGCUGCAAAAUUUCGACGAGGAUGAUGCCGUAAGCGUCAGCGAGACUAGCCGUCUCGCCACAAGAGCUCAAGAAAAGGAUUUAAGAGAGGCCAAGAAGAUGGAUCUUGUGCAUCGACUACAAGGAACCAUAAAAGAAUACCAUGGGGCUUGGGUUUUGCGAAGCCAAGUAAUGAAGUUCACAACCCCCAACGAUCGAGUCUUUCACGUCUUUCAGGGCUGGUUCGACUCCGAACAGCCCUUCCUCGGCCAAGGCCACGAUCUACCCAGCAAACGAGACGACUUCAUCGCCCUCGCUCCAUCAUCAGGCGCAGAUUUCCUCACCCGAAAUCUCGAAGAUCUCGCAGGGAGAUACCUAGCGGGGAAACGACACAAGGAAACAACAGAAGUAAAAUACUACUCCGCCCGUCACGUCACCCGCCUCGUCACAAUAAUCACCGUCCUCGCCGCCUCCCUCGUAAUCCAAGCCGCCGUCGUCACCCUCUACCUCGUCCACAACGAAGUCCUACGCCUCUGUAUGAUCGCCGUCUUCACCAGCGUCUUCGCGGCCAGCUUAGCCGUCAUGACGGACGGGCGAAGGACGGAUAUCAUCCUGGCGACGGCGGCCUGUGCGGCGGUGCCGGUGGCUUUUGUCGCGCAGGAUUGA